GGGUUUGCGCAUGCGCGAUGAUGGAGCACGUGUGAAUGCACAGAGUGUGUGUGUCUAGGUCUAGUCUCGCGCUUGCGCAAUAAGUGGGAGGAGGCGGGCACGCACUGAAGAGAAGCACGCUAAGGCUAUGUCGUCGUGUAGAGUGUGCGGUAUCAUCAUCCAGCGAUGGCUACACGUCAGAACAAACAUCACGGAGCCGUCGAAUUUUGCGCAACUUGCAAGAACCCGCUCCCUCUGCAGCCUCGUCUUCAGGGCUCACGUGAGCAGCAAGGACUCACGUGUCCAUAUGCCCACCUCCGUCUGUUAUCCGUAUCUGAGCCUGGGAGGCAAAGAUGACUGUUCCCGAGCUUUGGACUCUCAUGUUCCGACUGAGAAACCCCUACUGAGAUUAGUGUUUAGUCCAUUCUCUAUUACCAUGGCAACAUACACACCCACUUGCAUCUCCACGACAACAGCUCUCACUUACAAAGGUUGCCCCGCCCCCACACUGUUGCCAACGGAGAUGGAGACCAGCAGUGUACUGAAAAAGCGGCGACGGAAGAUGAACCAACACAAGUACAAGAAGUGGAGAAAAAAACACCGAUUCUUGCGACGACGUCUCAAGAAAUGAUCACCUGAUCGUCACAUGACAUUCAUUCAGCAGUCCACUUAGAAUUUUCAAUUUCACAAAAAGUUUUUCCAAAAAAA